AUGAUUGAUGAUGAUGAUGAUAGUGAUGAUGACAAUGACCAUGAAGAUGAUAGUGAAGACAGCGAUGAUGAAGACCACGAAAAUGAAGAUGAUAGAGAAGAAAAAGAUAAUAGCGAAAGUUCACUAAGUGAAUUUGAUGAUUCAGAUGCAGACAAGACGUUUAAUCCCAUCAGUUCUUCGGAGUCUGAAGUCCUAAGUGAGCUAAGUGAUAAUAAUGAACCAAGCAUCUCGAGUAAUAUUUCUGUAGCAUCGCAAACUUGGACAAAUGUAACUGGAAAUUAUCAAAAACCACUGAAAUUUUAUAAUAAUUCUGGACUAAAAAUUGAUAUAUCAGUUGAUUCUACUGCGUGGGAUAUUUUGAAUUUAUUUUUGACUAAUGAAAUAAUUGAGCUUAUAGUCGAAGAAACCAAUAAAAAUGCCCAACAGUUUUUAUCGAAAAACAGAUUGACAAAAUCUAGUAGAUUUUCUAAAUGGAUUCCCACAGAUCAACAGGAAAUAAAAAAGGUUUUUGGUUUAAUUAUUUGGAUGGGGUUAGUUCAAAUGCCCACUUUGGAAGACUAUUGGAGUAUAAUUACAAGGUAUAAAAAUAAUGUAGUGCAAAAAAUUAUGUCAAGAAAUCGGUUUGAAUUAAUUCUUAGAUUUUUACAUUUUUUGGACAAUGAAAAAGCUCCUGACGAUAGGAUUUAUAAAGUGCGCGAUUUAAUUGAUAAGUUAAUUGAAAAUUUUCAAAAAAUAUUUGAACCUGAUGAGUUUUUAGCUGUUGAUGAGACAAUGGUCCCUUUUAGAGGGAGGUUGACUUUUAGGCAGUAUAUACCAGGAAAAGCGCACAAAUAUGGGGUAAAGUUGUUAUUAAAGUUAUGCGGAACGAAUGGCUAUACGUAUAAUGUGCAAAUAUAUGCUGGAAAAAGUCAAGUCGAUGGGAAAGGCCUAGGAUGCAGAGUAGUGUUGGACUUAAGUCAGAGGUAUUUGAAUGCUGGGCGGACAAUAAUCACUGAUAAUUUUUAUACCUCCGUGCCAUUAGCGUAUGAACUUUUAAAAAACAAAACACACCUGGUAGGAACAUUACGAUCAAACCGAGUUAAAUUACCAGAAGUAACCAAGGCUAAACUAAAACCAAAUGAAAUAGUUGGAAGGGAAAAUAUUGAUGGGAUCGUCAUAGCCAAAUGGAGGGACAAGAGGGAC